AAAAAAGGGUUAAACCCUAAAAACUGAAGCGCCCUGGGUUAGGGGUUUUGUGGUGGUGGUCUCAGAGGAAUAACUUACUGGCCAUUCUCAACAUGGGUGCGAAAGGCGCAGUGAAGAGUUUGGAACCUGAGCUGAAUGAUGAACAAGAGGAAGAAGAAACCGGUAGAAGCACGACUUCUAAAUCUAGGAGUCAAGCGAGAGCGCACAUGAAGCAACUAGAUAGACUUAAGGAAAAGGACCCUGAAUUCUACGAGUUUUUGAAAGAGCAUGACAAGGAACUUCUACAAUUUAACGAUGAGGAUAUUGACGAUGCCGAUACUGACGUGGAAGAUGUAGACAUACAAAUCGAUGGUGAAACUGGCAAGCAUGAUAUUUCAAAACAAGAUGAGAAACCUUCAAAACAUGUGAUAACUAGUUCAAUGGUUGAUUCCUGGUGUAACUCGAUACAAGAAAAUGGAAACUUAAGUGCUGUUCGUUCGCUUAUGAGAGCAUUCAAGACUGCAUGCCACUAUGGUGAUGAUGGUGGGGAUGAUCCUUCAACAAAGUUCAGUAUCAUGUCCAGCAGCGUCUUCAAUAAAAUAAUGUUGUUUGUAUUAAGUGAAAUGGAUUCAAUACUUCGAAAAUUGUUGAAGCUUCCUAGUUCUGGUGGAAAGAAAGAGACUAUAAUAGAUCUCAUGAACUCAAAACAAUGGAAGAACUUCAAUCACUUUGUGAAGUCAUAUCUUGGAAAUGCCCUACAUGUUUUGAACCAAAUGACUGAUACAGAAAUGAUAUCAUUUACUUUACGGCGUCUCAAAUAUUCUUCCAUAUUUUUGGUUGCUUUUCCAAGCCUUUUGAGGAGGUACAUAAAGGUUGCACUUCACUUUUGGGGUACAGGUGGUGGUGCACUACCUGUUGUCUCAUUUCUAUUUCUAAGAGAUUUAUGCAUCCGGCUUGGAUCUGAUUGCUUAGAUGAGUGCUUUAAAGGGAUAUAUAAAGCAUACGUGUUGAACUGCCAAUUUAUAAAUGCAUUGAAAUUGCAACAUAUCCAAUUUCUUGGAAAUUGCGUCAUUGAACUUCUGGGGGUGGAUCUUCCUACUGCAUAUCAGCAUGCAUUUGUUUUUAUUCGACAAUUGGCAAUGAUUUUACGGGAUGCACUUAGUACGAAGACUAAGGAGGCAUUCCGAAAGGUAUACGAGUGGAAGUUCAUUAACUGCCUUGAACUUUGGACUGGAGCUAUGUGUGCCUAUGGCUCAGAAGCAGACUUUAGGCCCCUUGCUUAUCCUCUGACCCAAAUAAUUUCUGGGGUGGCCCGUCUGGUUCCGAGUGCAAGCUACUUUCCCCUUAGAGUGAGAUGUGCUAAAAUGCUUAACCGCAUUGCCGCUUCUACUGGUACUUUCAUACCUGUUUCUAUGCUCCUUUUGGACAUGCUGGAGAUGAAAGAAUUAAAUAGGCCCCCUGCUGGAGGUGUUAGCAAAGCUGUUGAUUUGCGUACUAAACUCAAGGUAAGUGAGACAACCCUGAAGACACGGGCAUUUCAAGAGGCAUGUGUUCUUUCAGUGAUUGAGGAGCUAGCUGAGCAUUUAGCUCAGUGGAGCUAUUCUGUUGCAUUCUUUGAGUUGUCUUUUAUCCCACUUGUCCGGUUGCGCAGCUUUUGCAAAACUACCAAAGUUGAGAGGUUCCGGAAAGAAAUGAGGCAACUUAUCCGUCAGAUUGAGGCUAGUUCUGAGUUUACGAAUGAAAGGCGUACGUUGAUUUCUUUUCUUCCCAAUAAUCCUGCAGCAACAUCUUUUCUUGAGGAUGCGAAAAAGUUGGGGGCUAGCCCUCUGUCACAGUAUGUUUUAGCUCUGCGGCAAAGAGCACAGCAAAGAAAUGCUUCAUUGACGGAAUCCAGUGUUCUUGUUGGCGAGCAUUCCUCUGUCUUCACAAGGAGGAUAUCAGAAAGUGAUGAAGAGGAUGUUACAGCGAAUGAAGAAGGUGCUUCUAUCUUUAGUUCCUCAUGGUUACCAGGAAGUGAUUCCAAGGCCAAGCCCGAAGAAAUAAAAAAGAAGAAAAAGAAGAGAAAAAUGGAAGAUUACAAAGAGGUAGCUGGGGAGGAAGAUGUCGUGGAGGAUUUGGUACUAAGUUCUGAUGAAGAUGAGUCCGACAGUGAUACCCACACUGCAGGGGAGGAUGACAGUGGGAAACCUGUACCUCCAAAACAACAAAGCGAGAAGCGGAAACCGCCUACAAAUAAAUCAAAGAAGAGUGGAAAAUCUUGGGCGAAGAAGUCGAAGAAGAGGAAGAGAGCCAAUUGACAUGACAACAAUUUUCAUGAGUCUAAUUUGUAGUGUAUUUACUUACUUUCAGAGUUUUUGCUAAAUGGUAUUUGAGUUGGGCAUUUUUGGUACGCCCAGUUUUGUCAAGCUGCUUGUAGCUACAAAUUCUGUGAGAGAGAAAUUUCAAUUGCAUUGUUAUACUUGUUUCUUUC